AUGAGAUGGAUGGAAUUAUUGCAUCAAUCAAAAUUGAUUGAGAGUGGAAAUACAUGUUCAAGUUUGGAUUUUUUGAAUGAGCUGAGCAAAGUUGAUCAUAAAGAGAUUGCCUCCUCUCUGCAAUCGUAUCGAGUAUUUAUGAACGAGUUUAGACCCUUGUCACUUGACGUGAAAACAAGAAAAGAUGAGUUUCAGAAAGUGAUUAGCGACAGUUUUCAUUUAUUGGUGAUCAUUGUUCAAAUUGUACAGCCAUUCCAUCAACUGUUAGCAACAAUUACCCAUGCACAACAAGUUGCCUAUCAACUCAUCCAAACUAUUGAAUCACAAUGGAAAAUCAAUGGUCUUGCCGCCAUUUCGAACACAAUUUAUCCAAAUUCCACCUCCACUUAUUCCCAGCUCUGUGCUCAUCAUGUGAGUUCACUUAAAAAGACCAUUGUACAAUUAGAAUCAUUUAAGGAAAAUAUACUGUUAAAAGAAGCAAGAUCGACCUACAUUUCUCAUUCCAUGACGGAACUUGUGAAAUUAGAAAUAUUAUCAGACUUGUUACAUAUUUGCCCAGUACUGCAGAGUGUGAGUGAACAAUUGGCCAAUAAUGGAAACCAUGUGACAUGUCUAAAACAAGCUCAAUCGAAAUUACAAGAAAUUUCAAAGAAUGUUGAACGUUUGAAAUAUGAAGAAGGUCUGGAUGACUUGUAUUAUUUACAAAUUGCUCAAACUCAAUCCUCAUACAUGUUCAUGAGUUCACAAUUACCUUCAUUGAUUUCUUUUUUCACUUCUAUUGAUGAAUUCUCCAAAAAGAAUUGGUGA